AUGUUUAGAUCUUCACCAAGAAGAGGACAGAGAUCAAAAGGCUUCAAAGUGAAGCAUUGUAUACAAUUGACUCUGCUACUUGGAGUGGGGAUAUGGUUGCUUUACCAAGUGAAGCAUUCUCAUGAGAAGAAAGCUCAGUUUGAAGAGACUUCAAAGAUUGCUGUUGGAGGAGGAGAUGAUAAAAGUGUGAAGCUUGGGAGGAAAGAUCUUAAUCCGAUUGUGAAGGAGGAGGAGGAAGAAGAAGUUAGGGAUGAAGGAGGGAGUAGGACUGUUGUUGAGAGUUUCAAUGGUGGAGGAGAUGAUGGUAAAGAGAAUGAGAUUAGAGAUGAGAGUGGUAAGAAUGAUGAGGUUGUUGUAGAGGAGAGUAAGGAGGAGAGUGAAGAGAGCAAGGAGAAGGAGAUUUUAGGGAUUGUGAACGAGGAUUCGAAUAGUGAAGAGAGCGAGGUUGAGGCGAAGAAAGACAAUGGCGGUGUAGAAGAGAACGAGGAGAGUAAAGAGAAGAGUGUUACAGAAGAGAGUGAGAUUAUUGAGGAGAAGAAAGAAAAUGGUGGCAGUGAAGAGAGUGAGAUUGAAGAGAAGAAAGAAAAUGUCGGUAGAGAAGAGACUGAGAGCGAGGAGGGUAAAGAGAAGAGUGGUGCAGAAGAGAGGGAGAGCGAGGAGAGUAAAGAGAAGGUGACGGAUGAGAGUGAAGGGUCGGUAGAUAAGGAGAAGGAGAAGAAUGGUAGUGAAGAAGCAAGAGAGAAUAAUUACAAAGGAGAUGAUGCUUCGAGUGAGGUAGUCCAUGAGACAGAGGAGAAGGCUAGUGAGGUCACAGAGAAAGUGGAACCAGAGGAAGAAAAGUCUGUAAUCAAGACUGAAGAAGGGGAAGAUUCUGUGAUCAAGAGUGUUUUGACUGAUAAUGGAGGAGGAAGCAGCAGUGAUGAGAACAACACUGGUGGUGGUGGUUCAUCGUCUGAGUCGGAUUCAUCGAGUGAGAUAAAGUCUGAAGGUGAAUCUAUGGAGAAGAAUGAGUUGGUGGAGCAAGCUUCUAAUGAUUCUAAUGGUGAGACAGAUAAGAAGAACAGUCUGGAGGAGACCGAGAAAUCCACCGGCUCUGGAGAUGGAAGCUCUCAAGAGACGGCGAAAGAAGAAGAUGAGAAAGAGAAAGUAGAAUCUUCUGAAACUAAAGAGAAGGAGACAGAGACAAAAGAGAAAGAAGAGUCUUCGUCUCAAGAGGAAACUACUAAAGAUGGAGAAACUGAGACUAAGGAGAAGGAAGAGUCUUCGUCUCAAGAGAAAAGCGAAGACAAGGGAGAAAUUGAAAAGAUUGAGAAAGUAGAAGAGUCUUCUUCACAAGAGGAAACCAAAGAGAAAGAAGAGUCUUCAUCCCAAGAAGAAGCUAAAGACAAAGAGACUGAGACAAAGGAGACAGAUGAGUCUUCGUCGCAAGAGAAAGCUGAAGAAAAGGAAACAGAGAAGAUUGAGAAAGUAGAGGAGUCUUCUUCUCAAGAGAAAGGGGAAGACAAUGGAAUAGAGAAAAUUGAGAAAGAAGAGUCUUCGUCCCAAGAGAAAAGUGAAGACAAUGGAAUAGAGAAGAUUGAGAAGGAAGAGUCAUCUUCCAACGAUUCACAAGAAAGUGAGAAGAAGAGUGAUGAAGAGACGAGUGAAUCCAGCAAAGAAAAUGGCAAUUCAGAGACUGAACAAAAGCAACCAGAGGAAACUUCACAAACAGAGUCAGAGAAAGAGGAAAGCAACAAGAAUGGUGAGACAGAGGUGGAGGUGGUGACUCAGAACGAUCAAGAACAUUCUGAUUCUUCUUCGGAUAAUAGUCUACCUCAAGAAGUGACGGAUGUUCGUACUGAUCUUGAAACUCUUCCUGAUUCUGGUAAUGGAGGAAACAAUGAGAGCGUUUCAGCUGAGUAA